CAGGAAAGACAAGCGUGGAAGACGAUAUCAGUUGGGCGAUGAUGGUACAAAUCGCGGUGUUUACCCACCUUCACAUUCAGCCUUGUCUCUCUCGCAGCCCAUUACCACCCGUUUCUUUCUCGUGUAGGACUCCCAAAUUGGAAGCAGCGGCAGUGGCACCGACCAAAAGGAAAGCAAGGGAAACGGAAGCAGGGAGGCUUGGUGCUAUCGCUGCUUCUGCUUCUGCUUCGGUUUCUGAGGCUUUUGAUCGAACAGUUGGUGGGCAAUUUCUGCCUGAGAGAGAAGAGAAGAAGACAGGCAGGAAAAGGGUGUUCUUUUUGGACGUUAGUCCUCUCUGUUAUGUGGGAAGCACGCCCAGCUUGCGUGCUUUUGGUCGUUGGGUCUCUCUUUUCUUCUCUCAAGUCAGCCUUAGCGACCCUGUCAUUGCUGUUCUUGAUGGGGAAAGGGGUAGUGAGCAUCGCAGACAGUUGUUACCUUCAUAUAAAGCACACAGGACAAAAUUCGUAAGACAAGUAACAGCUUCACAAAGAUAUUCAAUGGGUCAUGUUGGAAGGUCGCAUGGAGUCAUCACAGAUGUUCUCAGCAAAUGCAACGUGCCACUCAUAAAAGUUGAAGGCCAUGAAGCAGAUGAUGUUGUAGCUACACUUGUAGGACAAGUUCUACAAAGAGGCUACAGGGUGGUAAUUGCCUCUCCUGAUAAAGAUUUCAAGCAAUUGAUUUCAGAAGAUGUCCAAAUUGUUAUGCCUUUGGAAGAUUUAGACCGAUGGUCCUUUUACACCCUAAAGCACUACAUAGCUCAGUAUAAUUGUGAUCCAUGCUGUGAUUUGAGCCUUAGAUGCAUCAUAGGUGAUGAGGUUGAUGGUGUUCCUGGGAUCCAGCAUGUGGCUCCUGGAUUUGGUCGAAAGACUGCCCUAAAGCUUUUAAAAAAGCAUGGUUCAUUGGAAAAUUUACUAAAUGCUGCUGCGGUGAGAACUGUGGGCAGACAGUAUGCACAAGAUGCCCUUACAAAGUAUGCUGAUUACCUGCGAAGGAAUCACAAAGUUCUUGCCCUGAGGAGGGAUGUCAAUGUUCAACUGAAAGAGGAGUGGUUGGUUGAGAGAGAGACACACUAUGAUUCGACUAUUCUAUCUAAUUUCUUCAAAUUGUUGGAAGAAACUCCGAAGCUUGCUCAUCAAACGAGAUCAAAAUUUUCAGAUGGUUAAGACCCCACAGAUGACGAAUCGAUAUGCUUGAUAAUCAAGAGCUUUAGAGAUGAGCAACUGACUAUUUAAAGUUCACUGCCAUGUUCUAGCUGAGAGCUGCAAUAGCUCAAAUUGAAGAGGCAAAAUGGGUGAUAGCAAUUUGAUGUUCCAUGAGAAGAUUCCACAGUAAGUGGAGAAGAGAGAAACAUCAUAGGCCAUGUGGCUUGCAAUGUGCUCAGGCAACAUUCAUAUCUUUGAAAGACUACAAUCGUGUUAGAUAGGCUUACGAUGGCUUCUUCCAAUUUCUGAAUCUAAACUUCUGCAGUCUGGAACUCUAUAUUUCGCCAAUAUGUUUCUCUCUUCCUUUCCAUGUUUCUUUAUAUGAUCAAUUUUCCAAUAGCUUCACCUU